AUGAGUCCUCAUCUAAGCUUAGUUUAUUAUAUGUUCCAAUAAUUCUAGAACUGAAGUACCAAUCUCUCUAAUCUGCACCUAAAUUCAGUAAGAUCAUUUGGGUUAACUAGAAAAUUAUUAAUUAUAAUAAAUAUUUAAAUUAGUUAUUAAUAAUCUAUAAAAUACAGUCUGAGAAAGAAAUAAAAAAGAGAGUCAGAGAAUUACUGAAAAGUGUUGGCUUAUAAGACAGAAUGGAUCAUUUACCAUCAGAAUUAUGGGGAGGUGAAUAGUAGAGAGUGGCAAUAGCUAGAUCUUUGGCAAAUUCGCCAUAGAUUUUAUUAUUGGAUGAACCUACAGGAGAUUUAGAUUCAAAAUCAACAGUAUAAGUCAUGGACAUAUUAUUGAAACUUAACAAUUUUGAAUAUGAUGAAUCUAAUCACAUUCCUUGUACUAUUGUUAUGGUUACUCAUAAUCCUGAUCUUGAAUGCUAUACCCACAGAAUUAUUUAUAUCAAAGAUGGAAAGAUUGAAAAAAUAAGCUAUAAAUGA